AUGUUGAUAAAUGUACUCGAAGGAAAAAUUUUUCGAUUAUUCUUUAUUUUUCUUUUAUUGGUAUACAUUUUAAAAAUAAAUGCUUCUAAAGAAACAGUUGAGGAUGAUGAAGAAGAAAUCUUUGAUAUUGGCGUUCGUUUAACAGGUAAUCACCAUGAUUAUCUUAUAGCUGAUCUUAUUGCUGAAGAAAAGGAUAUUCUUAAUGCUGGACUUAUUGAAGGUGUUGAUUUAUAUCAUUUUCAUAUUCGAAGAAAGCGUAAUCAUCGAUCUAAACGUUCAAUUGAUGAAACAAUUGAAGAUUUAAAACGAGAUGAACGAAUCGCAUUUAUAACAGUUGGUGAAUCAUUAGAAAGACAAAAACGUGAAUUUUUAGAUGAGGAUGACUUGAUAGACCGCUUAAGAAAACAUCAACAAUCAAGUGAUUUUAACAAUAUAGGAAAUUUGAAAUUAGAGAUGUCCUUUGAUGAUGUAUUAUAUAGUAAACAAUGGUAUUUGGAAAAUAAAGGUCAACUAGGUACACCAGCUGAUCAUGAUAUUAAUGUUACACCAGCUUGGCUUGCUGGAUAUUCUGGUAAAGAUGUAACAGUUUGUAUUGUAGAUGAUGGUCUCGAUCAUCCACAUCCAGAAUUAACUGAUCACUAUCAACCUCAGCUCAGUUAUGAUUUAAAUGAUCUUAACGACAGUAAACAUGAUCCACUUCCACGAACAUAUGAUAGUCAGAAUAAUCAUGGUACUCGAUGUGCUGGAGCAGCAUCUGCUAAAGCAAAUAAUGAAAUGUGUGGAGUUGGUGUUGCUUAUAAUUCAAAUGUUGCUGGCAUUCGAGUUCUUGAUGGACGUGUUACAACAUUACUUGAAGCUCGUGCUUUAUUAUUAUUUGCUGUUGAUACACAUAUUAAAAGUGCAUCAUGGGGCCCAACUGAUGAUGGAACGAAAAUGGAAGCACCUGGUUCGUUAGUUAGAGCAGCUUUGGAUUAUAGUGUUCAACAAGGACGUCAUGGUAAAGGUAUGAUAUUUGUUUGGGCAUCGGGUAAUGGAGGUGGAGCUGGUGACGAUUGUGGUGCCGAUGGUUAUGUAUCACAUCAUAAUGUUAUAUCAAUUGGCUCAAUUAAUCAUUUGGGUAAAUCAACACAGUUCAGUGAAUUUUGUCCUUCAACAAUGGCUGUUGCUUAUACUGGUGGUCAACAUUCAAAAUCAUCGAGUGAACAACAACUAUCGAUAGGUGUAGUUGCGGCUGAUGUUGGUGGAAAAUGCACAACAAGUUUUUUUGGUACAUCCGGUGCUGCACCAGUUGCAGCUGGUGCAUUUGCAUUAGUAUUUGAAGCUAAUUCUGAAUUAACUUAUCGUGAUUUAAUGCAUAUUAUUGCUCGAACAGCUCGAAUACCAAAUUUAUCUGAAACUGAUGAUUGGAUUAUAAAUGGAGCUGGUUAUCAUGUUAAUGAUAAAUUUGGUUUUGGUGUAUUAGAUGUUGGACAAAUGAUAUCUUUAGCACAAAAUUGGACUAAUGUACAACCAAGAUAUGAAUGUUAUCAUGAAUAUGAAGGUGGUCCUAAGCAACUAGAUAUAGGUGCAAUUGUUGAAGUAUCAAUUUAUGUUACAGAAUGUGAAAAUGUAUCAAAUAUUGAACAUGUCGUAGCUAAUGUUUCAUAUAGUUUUCAUCGUCGUGGAGACGUUAAAAUUAUACUUAUAUCACCAAGUCAAACACCAUCAGAAUUGCUUUCAUAUCGUGAUAAAGAUGCUACGAAUAAAGGUAUAAAAUAUUUUCCAUUUAUGUCAGUUCAUCAUUGGGAUGAAUCUCCAAUUGGUCGUUGGACAUUACGUAUCGAAACUCGUAAACCAAAAAAUGAGGAAUCAAUGAAAUCAGCUUUCGAGUAUGGAGAUACAGCUGAAUUAAGUUAUUUUGGUUUACGUAUUUAUGGUUCAAAAAAUCUUGAUGAGAAAAAUAAUGAUAAAUCAAUAAAACGAGAUCAUAAAUCUGCUUUUGUUCCAACAUAUAAUCAAAUUGAAUCAAUUUAUAAACGUGAAUUAGUAGCACGUGAAUCACCAAAGAUUAUGCAAAAACGAGAUUAUCAAAAUUUAAUUAAACAACGACAACUUCGAAAACAAAAUGAAAAUCAAGUUCGACAAGAUCAAUCAUAUUUUGGAUUAUUUCGUCGAAUGUUUGGUUUUUAA